AUGGAGAUGAUCGUCGCCAAGGCUUUCCAGUUCAAGUCGCCUGUUCUCGACGCGCUGGCGAACAUCUCUCCGGACUUCGAGCGUCACGGGGCUAUUGUCCGCUUUACGAACCUGGAAGCCUUCAAGAACGUGUUCACGGACGUGAUGACGUUGUUCCCGCUCGUGAACAAGACGUUGUCGGUGCGCAAGGAUCCUCUUCUUCUGUCGCACAACAUCCGCCUCGUGACCUCGGUCCGCCCGCAGAACAUCGAGAACAUCUCGUCCCACAAUGCUGACAUGGCGUUGUACCCGAACAUCUACACGUUCCCUGGCCGUCUAAACUACAACGAGGACAAGGUCGUGCGCCAAAUGGAGGCCCCGAUCUCCUACAAGCUGAUGCCGUGUCGUCUGCAGAACUACAGCGUGACACCGUUGGCAUCGGAGGUCAUGAAUGUGCAGUUCGCAUUUUCGUGCGUGCGGUGGUGCGUCAGCUUGACCACGAUGACAGUAGCUCGCGCUCGCAGUACGAUGCGUACCCGCGCCCUGUGCGCUCACCUAUGGAUGCGCUGA